AAUUUUUUUUCUUUCGUUUCAGAGAAUAAAAUUGGAUUACACUGUGGAUACUGGAAGAUUCUGUACAGAUUUUCAAUUCCAAUUAGUAGGCAUUCAUUCCUUUGUCUCAUGAAAUAAAAAAGAACUAGCAAGAUUUUGAAAUUUUUAGGAAAUAGGAAAAAUUCAUGUAGAGCAAGAUUUUCUUUUCUAGGAUUGGGUUGUGAAGAAUUUACUUUUAAUUUGGUUCUUAAAUUGUGAAUAAUUGUCUGGAUUGAAGUGGGUAAAUUUUUAGAAAUUUAGAUUGGGGACAUAAGGAGGAUUAGAAGACGGUGAAGGAUGGCAGAUGCGGAUGAUUCUGGCUCUGCCUCUCCACCAGAUGAUAAUGGCGGUUCUUCAGCUUCAUCACCGAAGUCCUCCCCAUCUUCUCCACCUCCUAGUCCCCCACCAUCAAACCAAACGAAAUCACCACCUCCACCAUCGCCGCCACCUCCUAAAGCAACUCCAUCUCCUCCCCCUCCUGCCCCAUCUCAGCAAACACCACCUUCCCCACCAAAAGAGUCUCCCCCUUCUCAAGUUAGUGCUCCUCCACCACCUCCUAAGCACCCUGCAGGCAAUAGUACUACCCCAUCUUCGCCGCCUCCUCCAUCGCCAGUUAGACAUGGUUUUGUUCCUCCUCCACCUCCACCUCCAUCUAAAUCAAACAAUCAAUCAUCAUCCCACGUACCUAGCUCCCCACAUUUACCGUCCAGCUCAAAGAAUGGAUCUUCUGGAUCAGAUGACUCCAAUCAAACAUCAAAGACUGGGAUUAUCGCUGGUGCAUCAGUGGCAGCAGUGUUAAUUGUUGCAUUUCUGGUUAUAUUUUGUCUGGCAAGGAGGAGAAAGAAGUCACUAAAGAACAAGCAUUCUAACCAUUAUAUGCUACCACCACCUAACUUUAUGGUGAAGUCAGAUGGAUAUUACUAUGGAGAGCACCUUCCGAUGCGACCAAAUUCUGGUUCACAUGAUAACUUUUAUGCUGCAAAACAACUGUAUUCACGCUCAUCAAACAGCUUGGGGAGUCAAAAAGGGCAUGGUUACUAUGGAGGGGCACCAGAUUCGGGCAUUAUCAGUGGUAGUAAAUCCUUUUUCAGCUAUGAAGAGUUGAUGGGAAUAACCAAUGGGUUUUCUCAUCAAAACGUCCUCGGUGAGGGUGGGUUUGGAUGUGUUUACAAGGGGUGGCUGCCAGAUGGGAGAGUAGUGGCUGUCAAGCAGCUGAAGGCAGGUAGUGGGCAAGGAGAGAGGGAAUUCAGGGCUGAGGUGGAAAUUAUUAGUCGUGUCCAUCACAGACAUUUGGUCUCUUUGGUGGGCUAUUGUAUCUCGGAGCAUCAUAGACUGCUAAUCUAUGAAUUUGUUCCAAAUAAAACUCUAGAGCAUCAUUUGCAUGAUAAAGAAUCGCCAGUCCUGGAAUGGACCAAAAGAAUGAAGAUUGCCGUAGGGUCUGCGAAGGGUUUGGCAUAUUUACAUGAAGAUUGUCAUCCAAAAAUCAUACACAGGGACAUUAAGUCAGCGAACAUUCUGUUAGAUAAUGCUUUUGAAGCUCAGGCAACAGAUUUUGGACUUGCUAGACUUAAUGAUACUACUCAGACGCACGUUUCAACCAGAGUCAUGGGAACAUUUGGGUACCUGGCACCAGAAUAUGCAUCAAGUGGAAAACUGACAGAUAGAUCUGAUGUUUACUCAUUCGGGGUUGUGCUUCUAGAGCUCAUAACCGGGCGAAAACCUGUUGAUCCAAGUCAGCCUUUGGGGGAUGAGAGUUUAGUUGAAUGGGCUCGACCCCAUCUCAUUCAUGCCCUUGAAACGGGCAAUUUUGGAGAAUUAGUUGAUCCGCGACUUGAAAAGCAUUAUGUGGAGAGUGAAAUGUUUAGAAUGAUUGAAGCGGCAGCUGCAUGUGUUCGCCAUUCUGCUGCAAAGCGGCCUCGGAUGGUGCAGAUAGUAAGAGCAUUGGACAGUGAAGGAGAAAUGUCUGAUCUCUCUAAUGGGGUGAGAUUCGGCCAGAGCACUGUUUAUAAUUCCGGGCAGUACGAUCAAGACAUUAUGAAAUUCAGAAGGAUGGCACUUGGAAAUGACAUUAGCUCAGACGUUGAUAUGAACAGCGGCUUAUACAGCAGUACUUCCAGGGAACAUUAUAAGUCUCAGAGCAGUUCAAGAGAGUACUCAAGUGGUGCUGAGUCUGAAACUCGAGCCAUGAAUCCGCCCAGCAGUCAGUACAGACAUAGUGGUGGCUACUCUCGUCGCCCGUGAUAUAGGUGAAACCCUUGGCAACUCACCUGCUUGGUCCAAUUUAAUUGUUGUGCAUAGAAGUUUUACAUCUAAACAUUUAUACUCUCCAUGUUCUUACGUAUUCCCUAGAUUUAGUUGGUUAUGUGGAAAGCUUGUAAAACGGAAAUGAUACAGUUGCACUGCUAUAUAGGAUUAUAAGCUUACAAUUAUAAUAACAUCAAACGAGGUGA